GCCUCGCUCCCUGGGACUACGAAGAGCGGAGCGGCAACAUGGCGGCGCCGGGAGCUGGUGACCCUGUCCAUGCUAAGAGUGGAAAGGCCCCUGUGGCUCAGCGCAUCGACCCGACUCGGGAGAAGCUGACUCCCGAGCAGCUGCAAUUCAUGCGGCAGGUGCAGCUCGCCCAGUGGCAGAAGAGUCUGCCACAGCGGCGGACCCGGAACAUCGUGACCGGCCUGGGCAUCGGGGCCCUGGUGUUAGCUAUUUAUGGCUACACCUUCUACUCCGUGUCCCAAGAGCGUUUCCUGGAUGAGCUGGAGGAUGAGGCCAAAGCUGCCCGAGCCCGAGCCCUGGAGAGGGCAUCAGGACCCUGAACCGGAUGGGCACUGCAUGUCUCCAACCUGCUGGAGUCCCUUCACAGGGUGGAUGAUGCCCCAUGACCCUAUGAAAAUUGAAGCCUGCACACAGCAUUGCUGGCCUCAACCUUGGACGAUGAUUGAGCCCAAGAAUUUUUUGCAUUUGGCCAGGUCAAGGGAAUAUUGCCCACUUUACACAAACUGUUUCCAGUCACUGAGCCCUGCUUGUAUUUUGUUUCUUUGUUUGAGAGUUACAUGACGUUGGCUUUCUUCAGGAUUUCUGACUUUGUGGUUUACCCUCUUUACCUCCCAGGGACUUAGCUGUUGAGGGGAUGGGGGGGGCAGCUCUGUGUAGUGUUGGGGCCUAAAAUGGGAAAGAUGGAAUUAGGUUGAGAAUAAUAAACUGAGUCACCUCUCUUGGAGCCAAA